AUGAGAGCAGUGCUUCCUGGAAAGGCACAGGCCAAGCUUCAAGCUGUCUGUACUGGUUAUUGGGACAACAGGAGGCUCAUAGCCUAUAUCACGGGAAAUGCUUUCGUUAUACUCACUGGCGCAGACACGAUCCUACAAACGAUAUACGAUGACGAUGACACUCAACUCGAAGCUAUUGCGCUAGACGAAGCCAGUGGGAAGAUUGCAGCAUGUGCGGGCUCUAAUAUAAGGAUUUAUAAACCAUAUGGGCAGGAUGAAGGAGCGCUGAAGGUUAGCAUGACACAACCUUAG